GUGCACACACACACACACACACACACACACACACACACACACACACACACACACACACACACACACACACACACACACACACACACACACACACACACACACACACACACCCACAUGCCUGACGCCUGACAAAAUGAGCUGCCUCUUGUGCCUGCCGGCACAGAAUGUACCUUCAGUGUACAUAUGCAUCUAUGCGGGAUCACAGCAACUUUCUCCACAAUGAAGAACUCUUGCCUUUUUUUACUGGUUGUCAUGAUGAUUGCAGAAGCCCCUGGCAACAACUGCCCAGAGCAUAAGCGGGAAAAACGAGAUCUGUUGUCGCGCUCCAAGAGAAGGUGGGUUCUUUCCACCUUUGAACUGGUAGAGGAAGAUGAAGGACCAUACCCAAAAGUACUCACGACGAUGUUUAAUGAUAAAACCAAACUGAGGGACGACAUACACAAGUUUUCUAUCUCUGGUAACGGUGUGACCGAAGCCCCCAUGGAUGUGUUCUCGAUCAAUGACACAUCUGGGGAGGUCAUCAUCCACAAGAAGAUCGACAGAGAGACAGACCCCAUUUUCCAUAUUAAAUUUGAUAUCCUGAGCAGAGAAACUGGCCUAAGUAUUGACAAAACUCUGGCCUUUGAUGUCAACAUAGCAGACAUUAAUGACAACGCACCUAGGUUUAAAAGUGAUAUCAUGAGAGCCAAUGUGAGGGAGACCAUACAAGAAGGGUGGCUCCCAGUGUGGCUGAUAGUAGAAGACAAGGAUGAGGAGAACACCAUCAACUCUUCUUUCACCAUCAGGAUUUUGUCACAGGAACCCAAAGAACCGGUGCUGAAAUUAGCGAAUACUCCAAAUUCCAAAAAGGCGCAGCUUUCCUUCGAUGGGUGCUUUGACUAUGAUAAAGUGAAGAAGUACAAGGUCAUUGUUGAGGCGAAAGACCAUGGGAAGCCACCCCUCUCCUCCACUGCUGUGAUCCAUCUGGAUAUUAUGGACGGCAACAGUCAUCUUCCCAGAUUCAAAGAGAGAGAGUACAAAGGGCAGGUUAUGGAGAUGGAGACCAACAAGGAGGUUGUGCGUGUGGGAGUUGAAGAUAAAGACACCCCUAAUACCGCCGCCUGGAGGGCCAAGUAUUUCUUCGUCAAAGGGAAUGAAGACAAAAUCUAUGAUAUUACCACUGAUCCGUUAACCAACGAGGGCAUCCUCACGGUGGUCAAGGGCAGGGAUUUUGAAAGGACAGCCAACAGCACCCUGCAGAUCGGAGUGGAGAACGAGGAGGAACUGUUUGUUUGUGCAUCUAAGAAGCCCGGAUACAAAAUAGUCACCCCCAAAACGGACAUCAUCAACAUCACCGUGAUGGUCAUCGAUGUCAACGACCCCCCUAAAUUUGACAAGAAGGUGACAGACGUGUAUCAGAGAGAGGAGGAUGAACCUGGCCAAAAACUGUUCGAACCAAAGAUCAGUGAUGACGAUUCGGACGUAGACCAAAUCCGGUAUACAAUAAUUGAAGACCUCGCAGGCUGGGCCAGCAUCGACCCCAAGACGGGCAUAGUCCAUACAGUUAAGAAGAUGGACCGAGAGUCGCCGUUUGUUGACAAAGCCAACGUUUACAAAAUCGUAGUCGCUGCCAUAGACAACGGGGAGCCCCCGGCCACUGCCAGCAGCACUAUCCUGGUCCACCUGAGGGACAUCAACGACCACCUCCCAGGGCUGGUCAACAACAGCGGGGUGAUGUGCGCUAACAAGGUCAACACGCUGACGGUUUACGCUUUUGAUUCAGACUUACCUCCAUUCAGCGGACCAUUCUCCUUCUCUCUGGGGUCGGAAGACAAGGAACUGAAGAAGAAUUGGAAAAUUGACCCUGCCACUGGGGAGGAAGCGGGGCUGGUAAUGCUGAAGAGCCUGCCCUACGGCAACUACUCUGUCCCGCUGGUCAUCAAGGACCAGCAGGGCGGGGGAGGGGCGGAGGACGUGGUGAUGGCGGUGGUCAUUUGCGACUGCGGCGGAGGGGACACAUGCCGCGGGAAGCUGCCGGCCUCGACCAACAUCGGCCCUUCAGUCAUCGGACUCGCAUGCGGUGCACUGUUACUCUUUCUGCUGCUGCUGCUCCUCUUCACGUGUGAAUGCGGCAACAAGUUCCAGAGCAUCACAAUCUCCCAGAGUGAAGGCAACCAGUCGCUCAUUAUGUACAACGAGGAGGGAGGGGGCUCUGCUUGCAAGAUGGAGCCCACCUUCCACCUCACCCCCAUCAGCAGCCUGACAUUGACAGAGGGGCAGAAGCUGGAAAGAGCGCAGAUGUCUCAGAUGUCUCAGAUGUACGAGACAACCACCGAGGAGACAGACUACUACCAGAGCUCCGCACCCAGGAUGGUAAACUCCUUCCGAGGUCUGAGACAGGGGCAGCAGCGUAAUGGAGACCCAAGGGAGUCUCACAGGAGCAAUGGCGGUCGGAGCAUGUCCUCAACUUGGAAUUCCAGGAUGAUGUCCGCCAGGAGUGUUUCACGCAAACAGGCCUCCACCCUGCUCUCGGAUCAGCUCAUCGCAGAACACAUAGAAACCAAGCUGUAUGAGCUAGGGGAGGUGCCUGGGGACUACCCGAUGUACAGGCCCACUGUGUUCACCCACGAGGGCCAAGGCAGCCGGGCUCAGUCGCUGGACAACCUGUCACUGGACCUGGGGGACGACCUUGAGUUUCUCAGCGAUCUGGGCCCCAAAUUCAAGACCCUGGGAGGCCUCUGUGACAAGAACGUAAAGUAAAAGAACAUACAACUUUGAUAUGUCUGUCAAAGAAAAUGUGGCCUUUGAUGCAGCUUUUGGAAAACAGGGAUCAUCACUUUCUCACCUUGAAAGGAGAAGCAAAGGAAAAUAGAAUAUUGUGAUGAUAUUGUACUGCACAUUUCUUUGAUUAUACUGUAUAUAUGUAUAUAUAUAUAUAUAUAU